GUGUUUCAGCCAAUCCGGAGCAGCUUUACACUCCGAUUUUCCGGAUCAGCCAAUCGGGGAUGAGCUUUUAUUAGGCGGCCAGAUCAUCAGCCGAAGUGCCAAACCCUUUUUCUGUGAGAACUGGGAGCCUGUCCUCCAUGUUUUAUAAGUAUUGACAUUACACAGUGUUAGCAAUGCAUCCACAGAGCUCCCAUCCUGAAUUCUCUCCUCCCUGCAGACCUGGGAUUCUCCUAAGCUCGUCUCCAUCUUGCCGUGGGGUUUCAGUCCUGAGGCUGCCUUUCCCGAGUCGUCUCUUUGCCUGGUCACUGGCACAGACCACGGAACACAGACAGGACAUUCUCCAGCCUUCUUCCUGUCCUGCCUCUCAGUCUUCCAAAUGGAAAAUUCCAGCCAUAUCAAUUGUUUGGCUGAGGAGGAAAUAAAAACAGAACCGGAGGUGGUGGUGGAAGGCAUGGAUGUCUCCACACGAUCUAAAGAUCCUGGCUGUAUGGAGAGAACGGCCCAGAAGCGCAAGUUCCCCAGCCCGCCACACUCCUCCAACGGCCACUCACCACAAGACCCCUCGGCCGCCACCAGCCCCAUUAAAAAGAAAAAGAAACCCGGCUUACUCAACAGUAACAAUAAGGAGCAGUCAGAACUAAGACAUGGUCCGUUUUACUAUAUGAAGCAGCCACUCACCACAGACCCUGUUGAUGUUGUACCGCAGGAUGGACGGAAUGAUUUCUACUGCUGGGUCUGUCACCGGGAAGGCCAAGUCCUUUGCUGUGAGCUCUGUCCCCGGGUUUAUCACGCUAAGUGUCUGAGACUGACAUCGGAACCAGAGGGGGACUGGUUUUGUCCUGAAUGUGAGAAGAUUACAGUAGCAGAGUGCAUCGAGACCCAAAGCAAAGCCAUGACAAUGCUCACCAUUGAACAACUGUCCUACCUGCUCAAGUUUGCCAUUCAGAAAAUGAAGCAGCCCGGGACAGAUGCGUUCCAGAAGCCUGUGCCGCUGGAGCAGCAUCCUGACUAUGCUGAAUACAUUUUCCACCCCAUGGAUCUUUGCACAUUGGAAAAGAAUGCGAAGAAGAAAAUGUACGGCUGCACCGAGGCCUUUCUGGCUGACGCCAAGUGGAUUUUACACAACUGCAUCAUUUAUAAUGGCGGAAAUCACAAGUUGACGCAAAUAGCGAAAGUCGUCAUCAAAAUCUGUGAGCACGAGAUGAAUGAAAUCGAAGUAUGUCCAGAAUGUUACCUAGCAGCUUGCCAGAAACGAGACAACUGGUUUUGUGAGCCUUGUAGUAAUCCACACCCAUUGGUGUGGGCAAAGCUGAAGGGGUUUCCAUUCUGGCCCGCAAAAGCUCUGCGAGAUAAAGAUGGACAGGUGGACGCUCGUUUCUUUGGACAGCAUGACAGGGCCUGGGUUCCAAUAAAUAAUUGCUACCUCAUGUCUAAAGAAAUUCCUUUUUCUGUGAAGAAGACUAAAAGUAUCUUCAACAGCGCCAUGCAGGAGAUGGAAGUUUACGUGGACAAUAUCCGCCGGAAGUUUGGCGUCUUUAAUUACUCUCCGUUUAGGACACCCUACACGCCCAACAGCCAGUACCAAAUGCUGCUGGACCCCAGCAACCCCAGCGCCGGCACGGCCAAGCUUGACAAGCAGGAGAAGGUCAAGCUCAACUUCGACAUGACAGCCUCGCCCAAGAUCCUGAUGGGCAAGGCCAUGCUGAGCGGGGCCCCCGGCCGCCGCAUCUCCCUGUCGGACAUGCCCAGGUCCCCCAUGAGCACCAACUCCUCUGUGCACACGGGCUCCGACGUGGAGCCGGACGCUGAGAAGAAGGCCACGUCCAGCCACUUCAGUGCCAGCGAGGAGUCCAUGGACUUCCUAGACAAGAGCACAGCUUCUCCAACCUCCACGAAGGCGGGCCAAGCAGGGAGCCUGUCCGGGAGCCCGAAACCUUUCUCUCCCCAAGUAGCAGCGUCCGUCACGACAAAGGUGGAGAGGCCGUGCACCACCGGGAGCAUCCUGAACCUCAACCUGGACCGCAGCAAAGCCGAGAUGGACCUGAAGGAGCUGAGUGAGGCGGUGCAGCAGGCGGCCCCCGUGCCCCUCAUCUCUCCUAAGCGGCAGAUCCGAAGCCGCUUCCAGCUGAACCUGGACAAGACCAUCGAGAGCUGCAAGGCGCAGCUGGGUAUCAACGAGAUCUCGGAGGAUGUGUACACGGCCGUGGAGCCCAGCGACUCGGAGGACUCGGAGAAGUCAGACAGCAGCGACAGCGAGUACCUCAGCGAUGAGGACCAAAAGUCCAAGCCGGAGCCCGAGGAGCCGGCCGACAAGCUGGGGAGCCAGCCGGACAAAGAGCCGGCCUCUGCCAAGAAGAAGCCCAAAGCCACCAACCCGGUGGAGGUCAAGGAGGAGGUGAAAAGCACCUCACCACCGGGCGAGAAGGCAGAGGCGCCAAAGGACAAGGCCAGCCCCGAGUCCCCGAAGGACCUGGCCGACAAAGCCAAACCGUCACCUGCGCCCGCCAAGGAGAAGCUGAAGGGCAAAGAAGAGACGGACUCCCCCACGCUGCACCUGGGCUUGGACUCCGACUCCGAGAGCGAGCUCGUCAUAGACCUAGGGGACGAGCAUUCUGGGCGGGAGGGGCGGAAAAACAAGAAGGAGCCCAAGGAGCCCUCCCCCAAGCAGGACGCUGUGGGGAAAGCACCCCCAUCCACGGCGGCAGGCAGCCAGUCUCCCCCCGAUACGCCAGUGCUCACCCGCUCUGCCACCCAGGCCCCCGCGGCUGGGGUCCCCGCCAGCACCACCACCAGCAGCAGCAGCAGCAGCACCAGCAGCACCAGCAAUAGCAGCAGCAGCAGCAGCAACAGCAACAGCACAUCCACUGUCACAGUCCCAGCGCCUGCCACCACGGCCAUCACAGGAAGCCCGGUGAAAAAGCAGAGGCCCCUGUUGCCGAAGGAGACUGCCCCGGCCGUGCAGCGGGUCGUGUGGAACGCCUCAAGUAAGUUUCAAACGUCCUCCCCAAAGUGGCACAUUCAGAAGAUGCAGCGUCAGCCGCCGCCGCCGCCACCGCCGCCGCAGCCCGCGCAAGGGACCCGAUAUCAGACCAGACAGGCCGUGAAAGCUGUGCAGCAGAAGGAAGUCACCCAGAGCCCGUCCACGUCCACCAUCACCCUGGUGACCAGUACACAGCCCUCGUCCCUGGUUAGCGGCUCGGGUUCCUCCAGCACCCUGGCAUCUGCCAUCAGCGCCGACCUCCCCAUCGCCACCGCCUCAGCCGACGUGGCCGCCGACAUCGCCAAGUACACGAGCAAGAUGAUGGAUGCGAUUAAAGGGACGAUGACAGAGAUUUACAACGAUCUUUCCAAAAACACUACCGGCAGCACCCUUGCCGAGAGAGGUGGCCGCGUGGGGUCGCUGGCCCGGAGAGCCCCAGAAACAGGCUCCCAGCAGCCCAUAUGUUCUGCUAGCUCCACCGCUCCCCAGCCGGAAGCCGAGGCCGAGGCCAGCACCGAUGCGGGAGCCAAGUCGUCGCAGGGCAGCUCGGCCAGCACACAGCCGGCCCCUGCAGAGCCGGCCAGCGCCUCCAAGGAGAAGGAGGCCUCGGCCGAGAAGAGCAAGGAGAGCAGCUCGACCCUGGACCUUUCUGGCUCAAGAGAGACGCCCUCCUCCAUUCUCCUCGGCUCUAACCAAGGCUCUGUGAGCAAAAGGUGUGACAAGCCAGCCGCCAGCACCCCAACCUCCACCGACCGCCAGCCGCACCCCACCUACCCAGCCCACAAGUAUCAUUCCCGGAGCAGCAAGUGCGGGGCCCGGAGCGGCAGUGAGGAGAAGCGAGCCUCCACGCGCGCCGAACACAGCGCCAGCACCAGCACCAAGAAUCUCCUGGCCAAGGAGACCCGGCUGGACCCCUUCUGGGACUAGGGGCUGCUGAGGGGGGCCGCCCCGCCCCCCACACAACAGUCGCCGCCCUCAGACCUGGCCCGGCGCCCUGCACUCCCGAGGCCCGGGCCGCGCUGUACAUACUGUACACUUUGUGCAUAGCCCCGAUAGAGCGCCUGCCCUUUUUAUAUUUCUAUUGACUUUUAACUUAUAAAAAAAGAAAAAGUAAAAACAACUUAGAAAAACCCAAACCCAACCACAACUGGGGAUGCUCACUCGGCCCGCGGGGUCAGGCGGGGUGGGGGCUGGGCCCGGGGAGGGCCGUGGCACAGGUUCCCCAGGGCGGGCAGCCACUGUCGCCUUACCCAUCUGCUCCCCUCUGCAUUGGGGUCAAGAGUUCGAGCCCAGGCUAUGUGGUUGGGGCUCACCGCAGAAGCCAUUCGCAGCCCACCUCCUUCCCUCCCACUUCCCCCACUUCCCGGGCCACACUGUCCAACGUUGCUGGGAAGGGCCGGCUGCCCACGCCAGAAGGACACACACGGAGAAGCGUGUGUUUUGGUGAUUUCUCCUCAAAGGGAAACCGAUAUCCUUGUUUACAAACCAUCUGCAGAAAGAGAUCCUGCGUGCGCGGGCUGGUCACGCAGCACAGGACCGGGACCAGAGGAUGGUGGACUUGGUUUUGUUCUUUGAUUCCUUCCCUCAGUCGCCCGCGCAGCCUCGUGGAGACGAGGAGGCGGCCCGAGGCCGGGAGGACGCAUGUUCUGUAUUAUUUAUAACCACACGAGUUCCACGUCUUUAGGGAAGCAUGAAGCCCAGCCGUGCGCGAGGAAGCCAGGCCUGUCCCACGCUGCCGGUCACGCCACGCUGCUCUCCCCUCCUGGGGACACAUCCACGGGAGCGAGAGGUGAUAUGUGUAUAUGAGAACAUUAACUGUACGAUAUCAUUCCAGUACAUUCUGUUGUACAUUUUAGUCUCGUUUACUUUUCAUUGUCGAUAAGAGGAUGCGAACUGUACAGUUUCCAGCUAGUCACCCCCCAUUAGAAAAGAAAGAAGAGAUACUAGAAGAAAACCAGAGAGAGAGGGAGAGAGACACAGAGACAGAGAACAGUUGUGAAUUGCAGUUGUCAAAACAAAAAAUAGCCUAGCUGGCCUUAUUUGUGAGGCAUAAUUGCUUUUAGCAUAUGGAAGUAUUUUUUCAUAUUUUCUUUGUAUAAAAUUUGUAUUAAACUUAAAUAUCUUUUUUGA